AUGGCCCUAUUUGAAGCACUUUAUGGUAGGAGGUGUAGAUCUCCAAUUAUUUGGUUUAAAGUUGGUAAAGCUACCUUGAUAGGGCCAGAUUUAGUUCAUGAAGGUAUGGAGAAAGUUUGGCUGAUUAGAGAAAGGUUGAAAACAGCUCAGGGUUGUCAAAAAUCCUAUGUAGAUGUGAAGAGAAAAGAACUUGAGUUCGCUAUUAGUGAUCUCAUCUAUGUGAAUAUUUUGCCCAUGAAAAGGAAGAAGAGAUUUGGUAAGAACGGAAAGCUCAGUGCUUGCUAUUUUGGUCCUUAUAAGAUUAUGGGUCGUUUUGGCAAUGUAGCCUAUGAGUUAGAUUUUCCUAGAGACUUAGCAUCAAUGCAGUUAGUUUUCCAUGUGUCCUUGUUAAAGAAAUGCAUUGGUGUUCCCGCAUCAGUUGUGCCCUUAGAGAGUGUGGUUGUGGAAGAUAGUGUCUCUUAUGAAGAGGUUCUGGUUGAGAUCCUUGACCGUCAGUUUCGUAAGUUGAGGAAUAAGGAGAUUGUUUUGGUAAAAAUUCUUCGGCAAAAUCAGUCAGUAGAGGGAGCUACUUGA